AUGUCUUGUACCCUUAUUUACAGGGACAACGAUAUAGUCUCCCAAAGUAUGAUGAUCAAGAUCUUGUUUGUCGUGAACAUAAUCAGCAAGAUUCAGGCCGAUGUUAACGAACAAGGAACAUUCAAACUCCCUAAGUUGAAUGUCCUUAUGAAUUACCACCGAGUGAAGAGGAACAGAAUACCCGUUUUUCCUUCAACAGAAGUUGAUGUUCCCGAGUCAUUCCCCACGCCUUUACCUGCUUAUACCAACCUGCUGUCUGUACACCUGCGAUUCAUGAUGUCGAGCACAUUGAAAGCCAGAAAGAUCACAUCUUUGCAUGACCGAACUCUUGACCAGCCUGCCUGUUUCCACCAAGGCGAAAAAGGGAGAAGCUUUCCGACAACAACUGGACUUUCUCGCAAGUUUACCCGGCUCUUGAGACACUGUGGAUCUUUCCUUGGUAGAGAGUUCAAGGUGCUCCUGCAAACUCUUCGCGUUGUUUUCCUCAAAGACUUUGAUGAUGAUGAGGUAAUUAAACCAAUUUUUCCCUGCCUUGUUGAACUUGGUCGUCUAUGUUCAUCGGUGUUUGUUCGGCAAGUGGAAUCCAAAUUCGAAGAGUGCCUCGCCCAGGUUGACAGUACUCACACGCCUUUAUCCACUAAGCCGAAGACCCACAACGUGGCCCAUUUGACAGAAGAUAUCAGACGAUUUGGACCUGCUCUGAACUUUGAGACAGAAAAAGGCGAACAGUUCGACAAGUAUAUUCGAGAGCAUCUCAUUCAUACCAACCGACUGAACACCUCGAGAGAUGUCUGGCACAAGUUCGCAAAGCAGGCGGUCAUGCAACAUAUCUUCGCCAACGGAUCGUGGAUUAACAGCAACGGACAACGAGAGUACCCUGGACCCGGAAUUGCAGAAUUUAUCAAGCCCAACGACGAUAAAGAUAAAAAUUUCCGCAACCUAUUUCUUGGAGGAUCUCAAGUGCUCGCAGACAACAAUGAUACCGGUAACAUAAAUACUUUAAAGGACAAUUCCUUUGCUGCUUUUGUUAUCAAGAACAGUAUUGGCACGACUCCCAGCAUUGGACUGAUCUCUGGCUCAAUGGUUACUUUUCUUCGGCCCACUGCUCGCACGAGUGAGGAGAUGAAAAAUAACUACCUUAAAGUAGAAAUGACUGAUGACCGUAUGUCUCUCGAUUCUCUCAAGCCUCUGUGUAGGAUUGAUUUAAUGAAAGUGCUGGUAUAG